AUUGUGAGGGUGAGUGUGUGUGAAAUAGUUCGUGAGUGUUAUAUGCGUCUAUGUGCGCCAACGAUUGCAUACGUACCUUUUCAACAGACCAUCAACUAAUUCAGUUUGUAAUCCUUGACAAAUACAGUUUUACAAUUUUUUUUUCUAAAAGAACGAACAAAUCAAACUUCAACAAACAAAGGAGAAUCUUUACCAUUGAGAAAGGCAAAACGAAUUCCUUCUCCAUGUGUAAAGCAACAAGAUACCACCCAUGGGGAUCGAUCCUUUAUUUACUUCUUCUCUGAACUAAUAGAAUUAUCGCUAUAUCGAUUGAGAUUCUAUCUGUAAAGACUUCCUGCACACAGCGGUCAGCAAUGUCGUUUAAACGUGACCAAUAUUCGAUUAUUUUCAUAUCAACCCUUCAUUUCAUUUAUUUUAUUGUGGAGAAAUACUUCAGCGUUUUGACAAAUUCUUUAGCUUUGGAAAUCGAUUCCUACCGAGUUCUUUCUGAUGGAGCCUCGUUGCUGGUUUGCAUCAUUGUCAUGAGUAUAGCUCGAAAUAGAAAUGAAAAAAACACCUACGGUUAUGGACGUAGCUAUGUUCUUGGUGGCUUUGCUAAUUCCACGUUCAUUUUAGCUCUGUCAAUAUCCAUCAUCAGUCACACAGCGAAGCGUCUAAUCACAACAGCAGAGUUGAAGCAACCAUCUAUAAUUGUUAUUAUGGGAGGUGUUGGACUUAGUGUCAACCUUCUUUGUUUGAUGAUGCUUAUUGUGGCUCUGAACAAGCAGAGACGAAAGGACAAGAAACUGAAAUGUUAUGAAGACGACAAGGAUUGUGGCUAUAACAGUUUGUCUUGUACCAGCAAACAUUCUCAAGAGGUAAAGCUGUCGGAAGAAAAACUUAUCGCAUACCAGGUUCAAACAAAGCAAGGUCACGUUGAUCUAUAUCUGCUUUGCGUUCACGUGAUCGGGAAUAAUUUAUCAUCUUUUGGAUUAAUCUUGAGCGGACUUCUCAGUAUUUUCGGAGAAGGUCACUGGUGCCACUACGCUGAUCCUUUGAUUACAAUCUGUAUUAUUUCUUUGAUCAUUAUCACCAAUUUGCCAUUACUUUACAGAACAUCACACAUCAUGCUCCAAACUCUUCCAAAUGAUAUUCGAGCUGAAGACUUCAUGGAACAAAUCAAGAAAAUAGUUCCCGGUGUUCUCAACGUCCAUGAACUUCAUAUGUGGCACCUGACAGACAAUACAGUUGUUAUCACGCUGCAUUAUGUUGUCACGUCUUCUCAUUUCCUCAACUCUUUUCAUCAAAUCAAACAAUUAAUGAAGAAAGCAGGGAUACAACACAUUUCCAUCCAACCAGAAAUUUCUCUUGUGGGUGAAUAUGAUGAAAACGUUCGAGAAUGUCUUUUGAACAAGGUCUGCGACAACCAAGAUUGUUCUACAAUGGUUUGCUGUAAUUUUAUCUCAAAAGAUGCACUAUGUCAUCCAAAGGAUAUGGAAAUCUCUGUUCAUGCAGAAGAGUAAAUGAUAUCUUCAGACGCUGCGACACCACCGUCGGGAUUUCAGUUACGAAGGUUUGCUUAAUGCUCUGGAAAUGAAAUGGCAAUCUUUUGACAAGAGUUUUACAUUUGACAGGCAUUAAAGGAUGAAUAACUGAAGAAUUUACAAUUUGCAAAAAUUGUGUUUUUAUUUAUCUUUGUAAACGAAGUGACUUUGAAAUGGCUUCUAGAAAAUCAGAGCUUAAGCUUCGAUUUCAUGACAGGAAGCUGCUGAGAAAGCACAACUACCUCUCUCUCUGUCUUUCCUUCUGUGGACAGGCUACCAGUCUCUUUCAGAUAACAUUCCCAAACGAUCGACCGCCUAUUUCCCACUACGAAGUCGGUGAACUAUAAGUAAUAUAAAAUAACGUACACAACCCCUUGCAAUACAACGAAACGCCAGAAAUAUUUGUCCAGGUGAUCCGUGAUUUAGACAUCCUGAAAUCAUAGCCCUUUGGUCGUCAUUCCCGACGCUACGAACCGCAUUUAUUACUUGGGUAAAAUAUAGCUUCGUUUUCCUUCAUAUAAAUGUUACAAGAAAUUCUCAAAUUAUUAUUUUUAUAUUUUACAAUUAUUUUGCGCCAGAAAUAAAACUUCUUAUCGGCAUA